AUGUCGACGAUGCUUCCCAGCACUUCAUCAUGUCGAUCUCUUGUACAACGUAUCAGCACUUCUUCCCGACCUCUCGCCCAAGCUCAAUCAUCUCACAUCACCCACGCGCGCUCCUUGCACAUCACCGCAAGCAAUUCGGGCAAGCACAGACCAGGCUUUGGUAGAAACGCAAUCAGAAAAGCUAGACAGGAAGUUCGAGUGAACAACUUACGUCCGGAUGGAUCUUCGCCUGCUAGCGCGUUGCAGGAGGAUACGUCCAGAAUGGGCGCGAGGGGCAAAAAGAAGAGGGAAGAGCCGGCCAGUUUGGAGGAUGCUUUCAAACUGCUCACUGCAACGGAAGUCUCGCGCCCUUUUGCAGCAUUCGAGAUCCACAUUGCGACUUCCAUCUCUCGAGGAGUAGCAAAUGCCCUGCGAGGACGUAUAGCCUUACCCUACACUACGCGUUCCAAGCCUGAAGUGAUUCUGAUCUUUGCAGGCGAAGGCAACGAAGCGGGUCAAGAAGCGCGCCGAAUAGCCUCUUCUUCAUCCAGCGCAGGCUCUUCGUCCAACGAAAUCAUAGUAGGCGGUCAAGAGAUCAUUCCCGAUGUCGUCUCUGGAAGAAUUGCAGGCUUCACAAAAGUUUUGGCUACGCCGGAUUGUGUAGGAGCGGUAGCAAAAGCUUUGGCAAGGAGUCUGGGUCCGAAAGGUCUGAUGCCGAACGCUAAAAGGGGGACCAUCGUCCAGACGCGAAAAGGCAUGAGAGAGGCAAUUGAAGAGGCGCGAGGCGCUUUGGACUGGAAAGGAGACAAACAAGGUGUGGUCAGGACUUCCAUCGCCCGCGUCAGUCAUCCUCUGCCUGCCCUGCGGAGCAACAUUUCUUCCUUCCUUGCAGCCGUGGUCGAGAGAGCUUCCUCAGGGCUGGGUUCUCAAGCUGCAUCGAACCAGCAAGGACUGGUGCAGGGAUCCAUAGAGCUCGCAAAACGGACGCCCGCUGAGCUAAAGAAGGCUCAAAGCAUCAUUCGCGGUGUUCACAUCAGCAGCACACAAGGACCGGGCAUCAAGCUGGACCUCAGAGAAGUUUACUAA